AUGGUCACUUUCAGCCGCUUCAUUCUCCUGUCCCUCUUCACCGGCCUUGCCGUUGCCCAGCGGUUCCCUGGCCCCAACGACGACGGACUCGGCCCUCAAGGCUUCGGGGGUGACGGCUUUGGACGUGGUGGUGGCUUCGGGCGUGGUGGUGGCUUUGGGCGUGGUGGCUUCGGUGGUGGUGGUGGCCGCAACCGCGGUGAUGAUGGUGUCUGUGUCAUCGCCAACCAGAGGGUUUACGACGUUCCUGAAGCCAUUCGGGCUUUCCAGAAUGGCCAGCUCGCGCCCCCGCCUGGCCUCUCGAACCAGCUCUAUGGAGCGCUACUCCAGUAUUGCAGAACCCACUCCGGCUACGCUCUUGAGGAUGUAGGCUGUUUUGCCCCUACCAGCUCGACGACCAGCAGCAUCGCUUCAGCAACAACUGUUACUACCUCAGUCACAUCCACCGUCCCGGUCACUACCACAGUCGCCGCAGGUGUGAGCAUGUCAACCACAGUCGCGGGCGUGGACAUGGCCGUGGCCGUGGCCAUGCCUACCGUGGCCUAA